AUGGCAUCGGCGAAUUCAACCCCUCUAUUUGGCGGUGGCUUAGGAGCUUCCACUCAGUCUUCAGCUCCUAUCGCACCAAAUAACCCAGCAAGUGUUUUUGGGAAUACAUCUGCUACAGGCACCAAUGGAUCUCUAUUUGGAACUGUUGGGCAACAGCAGCCGCCCGUCCAGUCUUCAAUCUUUGGACAGAGCCAGACUCAGAAUACUGCAGCGCCACCGUCGCAACUUUCUAGCCAGACAACUCAACCUGCUUUCUUCAAUAGCUUAUUGGAGCGCGGAAAAAAGAGACCACUUUCUGCCCUCGGACAAACAAGUAAUUUUGAGCAGCUUCCCAGCCUCCAGUUGGGCCUUGAUGACAUCCGAAGAAAAGCCAGAGAACUUGGGACUGGGAGUCCUUCGACCCAAGGGCAAGCACCAAACAGUAAAGCCCAUUACCUCCUCGCCGCGUCAGGUGUUUCUGCCGGGCAUGCAUUGCGAGACCUCAAAGCGUUAGAGCCUUAUGAGUCAAAGUCAAGGGAGCAAGAAGCUACUUUUGAUCCGGAUAAUCAGAAGUUCCUCAGAAACAUACAACAGCGCGGUCGUCAAGUUAUGAUCGCUGAGAGUCUCACUCGGACAAACAAGGAUUUCGACCUCUUUCUAGAGGGAAAAGUGGACUUGAAUUGGGAGGAGCAGCGUCGUAAAAUUUUUCAGUACUUCGGUCUGGCUCAACGAACUGAACCCACUAGCGAUACGAAAGGAUCAUUUGGCCGGUCGACGAGGCAAUCAAACCUCGGUCCCAGUCCAGCUUCUAACGCCCUCUUUUCGUCUCGUAGAAGUGUUUUUGGACGUUCGGCUUUGGAUAAGUCUGUAAUUGGAACACCCGCGGCCGGAUCAGCCAACCAUCAGCUGUUUGAGGACCCCAUGGAACGAACUGAAGGCUCAACUGCUCCAGAUAUGCGACACCAUCGGGAAAGAAUGGGAAAUUAUGCGGCCAAAGUACAGUUGCUAAACUCUGCGAGGCUCCAGGCGCACACUUUCCCAGUCCUCCAUGAAUUCUCGAGCGUUGAAACAGAUGCCGGUGGCGAUGUCCCUCGUCAACUUGUCGAUGCCUACCGAGCCUUGAUAAGCAUCACCGGGGAAUUACCGCAAAUCAUGAGUGCAUCAGAAACUGGGGCGGCGAAAGAGCGACAAUUCGCCGGAGACUAUUUGGAUGAGGCCCCGAACUCUCGUCGAGCAAUGAAUUUAAGAAAGCGUAUUGUUGAAGGCUCGAGGGUCUUUCUUGAGAACAUGUUUUAUGGCGAGGUCGAAAAUGUGAUCUCAAAGAAUCCUCGCGAGGCACAGCUUGGAGGCAUCCCAACAGUAAUCAACAAAAUUCGCGCUUACAUCAGGCUCAGAGCGGCGAGAAAGGACCUCGCGCCUGAUGGAACUGAGAUACAAAUGGUUGGUCAGGACUAUUGCUGGAUCCUCAUAUUCUACCUUCUCAGAUGCGGUUUUGUCACCGAGGCUGCUGAAUAUGUUAGCCAGGACCCUGGUUUCCGGUCACUAGAUCACAAGUUCGUGACAUACAUGACGACAUAUGCCCAAAACCGGCGACUGCCUAGAGACAUGCAGCAGAAAAUAAACGGGGAAUACCAGCAGCGGUCCCGCAAUGCUCCUGACAACACAGUGGAUCCUUACCGCAUGGCCUGUUACAAAAUCAUUGGACGCUGUGAACUCAGCCGCAGGCGUCUAGAAGGCGUGAACCAAACUGUCGAAGAUUGGAUGUGGUUGCAAUUCAGCUUGGCUAGGGAAGAUGAUCGUGCCGAGGAAGUAGCGGGGGAUGUUUUCGGACUUGAGGACAUUCAAACCGAUAUAACCGAGAUUGGACAGCGGGUCUUCGGUAAAGGCCAAGAAGGGCCUGGUGGCUAUGGCACCUUCUUCCUUCUACAGAUACUUGGAGGCAUGUUUGAGCAAGCGGUCUCUUAUCUCGGGGUCUAUGCCCCAGUAAGUGCCGUGCACUUUGCGAUUGCCUUGGCCUAUUAUGGGCUUUUACGUGUGUCUGACUUUUACACCUCAGGCGAGGAACCAUUAUCCUUUACUGUCAAGCAAUAUCCUCAGAUUAAUUUCGGCCAUCUCAUAACCCAAUACACCCGGGAAUUCCGCACAGGCUUUGUGGAAGCGGCCAUUGAUUACUUUUCUUUACUCUGCCUCAAUGCUGACCUUCCGGGCUCGUUGGGCAAGUCCCAGGCUUCUGUAUGUCACGAAGCUUUAAGAGAGUUCAUCCUGGAAACUCGUGACUUUGCCAAGUUGCUAGGCGACAUACGAUCCGAUGGCACAAGGAUCAAGGGGUUGAUUGAAGAACGCAUCAGUCUGAUUAAAUUGGUCAAUCAAGACGAAUUCUUGAAGGCCAUAACGAUGCAAGCGGCUGCUGUUGCCGAAGACAAGGGGCUGAUAGCAGACGCAGUGCUAUUAUACCAUCUGGCCGAAGACUAUGACCGCGUGAUUGACAUCAUCAACGGCGCUCUGUCCGACUCUGUGGCCGUUGAGUUGGGCGAUCCUGCGUUAAGAUUGCAGCCUUUGCGGCCACGAUCCCACCCGGAGUCAACUCCUGCUGAACCAGGCAGUAGUCUCAGCUUGACUGCGGUGGAAGACCCAGUGGUUCUGGCAAAGAACAUGAUUGGGCUUUACAAUAUGAAUGCUAUGUAUUACCAGCGAAUCCGUCAGGUGAACCGGGAUACGUGUGGUCUGCUACUCCGCAUGAUGGAGGCAAAGGCAGAGGUCCAAGCCGGCAAGUGGACCUCGGCGCUCGAUGCCAUCAACGCACUGAACAUUCUCCCGCUCCGCGCCAAAGGCUCCGUUCCACAUAUUCGUAGCGCAGCGCAAGCUUUCUCGUCGUUCCCCCCAAUCAUCUCUCGCAAUGUCGGGCAUGUGAUAAUGUGGAGCAUUACCUGCAUCGGGCACGAAAGGCAGCGGUUGGACUCCGGGGCGUAUGAAAAUGAAAUGAGACAGGGACUGGCGGAAGAAUUGCUGGUCAUGGCCAAAGACCUGAUGAUUUUCUCCGGGAUGGUCAAAUACAAACUGCCACCCAGAGUAUUGGCUGCUGCACAUAAUAGAGAAAUGGAACCCGGCGGUGGCAGCAACAGGGGUGUCGACGACGAAGACAAGAGUAUAAAUACACCACGGCAUUCCGGGUUUGAUGGUUUGCAACCAUCCAGCAACAAACUCGAUGGCGCACCCGCCAGAUCAAAUGAUGAAUCAACCCCCAUCAACAACCCCUCAGACAAAUCAACUACUCCUACCAAACUGGCAGAGGGAGAUAUCAUCUGCAACCCGCCCAAUCUUGCCAGGAUACGGCAGGUAAUGUUUGAGUGCAAGGACCCGAUAGAGAUCAAUCUUGAGGAAUUUGAGACAUACUGGCCUUUCAUUGACAAUGUCUGGGUCAAACAAAGGUCCAACUCCAGCAAAGAGGGCCACUGCACAACAGAUUAUUAUAUGUGCCGUCUCCGACGUCCAACUCACCGCACAUCAGAAACACGCCCGCUACCCGAGGGCAAACGACCCCGCAAAAAAAGGGUGCGCGAAGGAGGCGUAUGUAAUUUCCAGAUCAAGGUGGUGAAGUUUGAGGGUGCAUACUCCACGGUGACUAUCGCCAGGACACCCGGAAGCAGUCACAUACACUCGCACAACCUUGACUACAUUGACAAAGUGAAGCGAAAUUCGGGGCUUAUGGAGUUUGCUCGGAAGGAGGCGGUUAAAGGAUAUCUACCGUCAUCUAUCUACACGAAAUUUCGGGAAGAGUCCGAGAAGCUUGUAGAAGCGGGAGGCAAGUUCUGCACCGUCACGGAUGUUCGCAACGUGUCUGCAAAAUGGAGAAUACAAAAUCCCGAAGUCAAGCUCAUGCCCCACGAUGGUUAUGAAUACCAAAAAGGACACGGCAUCGUGAGGACAACAGCAACCACUGAUACAACAUUUGAUACCACGGCGACAGCGGAGGUGGCGCCGCCGCCGUCGCCCCUGCCACCAGAUACAUUGCCGUUCCCUCAAUUUGCUUUGGAUUUCCUUGAUCCAUAUCUUCCUAAUCAGAAGGGGGGCAGCAGCAAACCACAUGUCACCCUGUCCUACGCAUCUUCUAUGGAUUCUAAGAUAUCACUUCUCCCCGGAAUGCAGACGGUAUUAUCAGGCCCAGAGGCCAAAUUGAUGACGCACUAUCUGAGGUCACGUCAUGACGCAAUCCUCAUUGGGGUUGGAACUGUUCUUGCCGACAAUCCCGGGUUAAAUUGUAGACUGGAGGGGGCAGGCGGCUUUGGAGGACUUGGAAGAAUGUGGCAACCGCGACCAGUAGUGAUAGAUCCCACGGGGCGAUGGCCCAUUAAUUCUCAAUGCCGGAUGCUGCGAACCGCGGUGGAAGGCAAAGGCAAGGCACCGUGGGUGAUUGUAUCACCGGGUGCCCAGAUCCAUCCGCAGAAAUUGAUGAUGUUGAAAGGAUACGGGGGUGAUUUUCUCCGCAUUGUGGAAUACAACCAACAUUGGCGCCUGCGCUGGGAGGCAAUUCUACGUGCCCUUGCAUCCGAAGGCGUGAAAAGUAUCAUGAUAGAAGGAGGUGGAACUGUCUUGAGCGAGUUGCUCAACCCGGAAUACACCGAGUUUAUUGACUCGAUCAUUGUGACCGUGGCGCCGACGUAUUUGGGUAGUGGGGGGGUAGGAGUGAGUCCAGAUUCCAAGAGUGACGAACAGGGGAAACCCAAUGCUGCGCUCAAUCCUAGGGAGGUGAAAUGGGUGCCGUUGGGGCAGAAUGUCAUCAUGUGUGGUAAGAUUGGAGCUGCUGGCUCGACGGAAUCAGCAGCCAGAAUAUCAGGAUAUACAUAG